GCUUAUUAUAAGAAUUACAAGCUCGUAGUAAUUAAGCAUGCCGCCUUCAACGACGACGGAUGACUGCAAUAUUGGGUGGCAGUGCUGUGUUUGGGGAAUAACAAUGGCAGUUUCUCCAUUGGUCGUUUUUGGUAUUCUUUUUAUCGUUAAUAUCUUUCAGCCGAUUCCAGACGUUCGCAUCUAUGACUUCACGCUCUCACCUAAACCCGUCGCCGGCAACAGCAGCAGCACCGUGGAAUCCCCGCCGCUCGCCGCCAACUGCACCAUCGUUUUGGCUUUCGACAACAACAAUGCGGGCGGAGAAUAUUACUACAAGGUCAAUCAGUACGAUGAGGUCGAGUUGUCGGUCGUCGUAGGCGACCGUAACGAGACGUUAGCGCGGGCCCACGCCGAGACUUUCUGGCAGGGUAACGUCGAGCAAAAGCCGUUGGUGGUGAGUAUAACUGAUUUUUCCGUCCCGGCGGAUUUGGAAUCCAUGACAGAUUACACGUUCACCGUUAACGUGAAAAGUAGGGUUAGGGAGAAUCCCGGAGCGGACGACGAGAAUGCCUUUUACAUAAAGGCCACGUGCGAUGAUGUAAGGGUCGGGUUUGGGUCAACGGAAGGCGCUGACCGUGUUGGGAUGAUGUUAGAUGCAGCGAGGUUGUGUAGGGUUGUGAAAUUGAAGUCAAAGUUCAAUCUUUGAUCUGCG